AUGCAGCGGGCACAACUCACUUUACAAGCCCUGCUGGCCACAGCCAUUCUCUACGCAUGCCUGUCGCCCGCUGCCUGCGUUUACGAGGCGAAAAUCUUGGCGUUCCUUGAGGAGUUCCGCAUGCGCAUGUGCCACCCAAUCCCGAAUCUGGGCCUGCCCGCAUUGGACCCGCUGCAGUUGGGGCCUGCUGAAACAGAACUGAACAACAAAUACCUCGUGGACUUCACUGGGUCCAUCGACAACUUUCAAUUGCACGGAUUGUCCGAUUUUGAUGUGCCUGCGCUCAGCUUGUCCCCGGUGCCCGGUUUGAAGAACACCAUUAACGUUACCUUGCCACUCACGUACUUCAAGUCCUUAUACACCGCCAAAGGAUCCUUGGCCUAUAUCCUCAACUUGGCCGGUGAUGGCAAUGCCGAAACCUCCAUUACAAACUUUUCAAUCCUCAUUUCGUUUCGAUUGAGAUCCGUGUCUCCCCUGGCCAUAUCUUCAUUGCAGAUUGAGCUGCGCUUGGGAGGACUAUGGAUUAACUUUGAUAACUUGAUGGAAGAGGAUCGCAUCAAUGAUUUCAUCCAUGCUUUGGUGAACGAAAUGGGAGUAGAGCUGCUUGGCGACGUCUGGGAUUAUGAACAGGGCACAGUCGUCUCCAAAGUCCAAGCGGCCGUUAACAAAUUUUUGGGUCAGUACUCUCUGUCGGAUAUAAUUCAAAUAAUAAUUGGUGGCGGCGGAGGAGAGAGUGCGCCCAUAUUUGACGGCGUGGAACCGGAUUGCAAGCCGGAUGCUACCACGACCCCCCAAGACUGACUGUUUAAAUCCUUUUAAACUUAUAUAAGCCACUACUUAAAAUUAGAUUAAUAAAUAUAUGUAGGUUUUUAA